AAUUAUAACUAUUUUGUGGGGGCUUUUUACUAUUUUGUUGUAUAAUUAUUUAACUAAAUAGAAAAUAUUUAAUUUUUUUUACACUAAUUUUUUUUUGUGGGGACUAUAGCCCCCAUACUCUUAUUAGUGUGUCCGUCACUGGGUCCAUAGCCUCAAAAGUUUGUGUAAUAAUGUUUUUAAUAUGUCGACAAUAUAUUAUUAGUUUUUAGACCAUUUCUAAUUCAUGACCUAUAUUUUAGAUUAAAAUAUUUUAAUUUAAAAUACACCAUAAAAUUAUAUUUGACUCAAUUUUUAUAUUUAGACUCCAAUACACAAAGUACAAAUUAACUAUAAAAAUCAAUAUUACCAUUAAUACUCAUUAAAAAUAUACAAAUCAAUUAAUUUUAGGGAAAAAAACAGGAAAAUUCUAAAAAGGGUAAAAUAUUACAAAAAAUUUGUGGGCCAGCCCAAUCAACAUUUGUACAGCCCACUAUGAAUAUAUUACAAAAAUACCACCUCACCUAUACCUUCAGCCGCACAUCACGAACGGAGACGAUGAAGGAACCUCCAUCGAUGCAGUCGGCUACGCAACCAGAAUGAAACCAGAUCGAGCGUAGAAUAACCAUCAAUUCUGGCGAAUUUCGAUAGGAAACGAACAAAUCCAAGGAUCUGAACAGAAAAUUUAAAAAAAAAAGACCAGAAAACCGUGGAGAAACUGAAAUUAAACAUUUGAUUUCGGUUUUUAAUCGUGCAAUAUCACUCAAACGAGCGUCAAAAAUUCAGAUUGAAGCAAUGUAAAUCUGUAUUGAACAAAUCUGGAGCUCCCCCCUGAAAUCCAAAAAAGGUAUGAAAUGAAUUUUUUUUCAACAAUGAUAUACGUCAUACACAGUUGCAUUCUGGUUGAUUCACCGGUUUACAACAGGAAAGUCAUAUUCUAACAACAAAAAACAAGAACUGAUUCUAAUUAAGGAACCACAUGAUACUAAUAAGGGUUUUUUUUAAUUUUUUGCGUUGCCUUACAGUUGCAAUAUCGUUUUAAAAUGGUUUACAAAUCAUGAAGAAGUGUCAAUUGACGAGUACCAAAAGCUAGCAUAUAUACAAGGAAUUUAUUUUGGAAAAGAUAGAGGACAAAACAGUUUGAGAAAUGGAAUCAGGACAUGAAAUACAAUGCUUGAACAAAGGGACAGAGAUAGAAGAAAGGAAAGACAUUCCAUUCCUAGUCUUCUACAAUGGACAAUUCGAUGAUCGAAUGAAUUAUGAAAAUUAUGAAGCCAGUGGACAUUACAUUUCAGCCAAUUGUAACUAUGAAGAUUUGCAACAGAAACUCAAAGAUGUCCUGGAGUGCAACCAAGAAAACAUUGUUUUGCAACUGAAAUAUCAAGUGAAGGAAGGAUACCAACCAUUGAGGAUAAAGGAUGAUCAAAGCCUGCAUUUCUACAUACAACUCAAACUGAAGGACCCUGACUUCACAACAUACCCAUUGUGUGUGAAUGUCAUCCACAACCCAACAACAACCAUCAAUGCAUCAUUCUUGGGAAAUGACAAUUCAUUAAUUACACAUACAUGCGCCUUCCAACCGAUCGAAUACAAUGCAUCAACAACAGAAGACUCAACAAAUCAACAACAUACAAUUGAAGCUACAGUACCGGAAUUUGGGGGAGAAAGUUUUGACUUCAUGGACUAUGCAAAACUUGUGGCAGAGGAGAUGGUUGAGCAACUGGAAAACAACAAAAAAAAGGAACCAGAAAUCACAGAUUAUGACGAACUACUAAUCACAGAUCCGCAACAUCCUGAAAUAGAAGAAGCACAAAUAUACAAAGACAAAGAAACACUACAGAGUGUGCUUGGUUUCUAUGCAAUUAGGAACAACUUCCAAUUCAGAGUGAAAAAAUCAUGUGCAAGAACAUACAAGAUUUGUUGUUUGGAUCCAAAAUGCAAGUGGGCACUAACAACAUCCAGAAACGGGCCAACAAAGUCAUUCAUCAUUCGAAAGUACGACAGAAAGGUGAUACACACUUGUGAUCUAAACAUAAGAUUUGCCGACAAAAGACAAGCUACAACGAAAUUGAUUGGAAACUACAUCAAGCCACAGUUUACCAACAUAAAAACAACUUAAAGGCCACAAGACAUCAGAGGAGAAAUGAAACACAAGUAUGGGGUGAGAAUGAACUACAUGAAAGCAUGGAGAAGCAAAGAGCACGCGCAAGAAUAAUUACGAGAAAAAGCCAACGAAUCAUACAAGCUGCUGCCUGGUUUUUUGCACAUGUUGCAAAAAACUAAUCCCGGAACAAUAGUGCACAUGCA